UGCAAACUCACGAGCGCGGGGUAUCACGGGUAAUCAAAAUGGCACGUUGUUGAACAAGAAGAAUGGCCGAAAAUCAGCAGAAUACGCGAUAUGGAGUUCUUUCCCCAAAGUUCGGUGGUGGACCUCAUGGGAUCGGGGAUCCCAAUGACAAGUUUCUCAGGAAAGUGGAAAUGGAAGUUCUGAUUCCUAAAAAAAUGAGAGACAGAGCCAGAGAGGAAAAAUGCGUCGAAGAAGUCAAAAAUUUCACAGAAUGCUGUAAGGAGAGUAGUGUUUUCAUGGUAUUUAAAUGUAGAAAAGAGAACACUGCUCUUAAAGGAUGUCUCGAGCGGUGGUACACUGAUGAAAACUUCAAGGAGGAAUGUAAAGAACAAUAUUUACAAGAGAGAAGCGAAUACAGAAGAACUGGAAUACCACAAAAGAAAAGGAAAUCUACACGAUAUCAAUCAUCUCAUUAGUAAGCAAAUUUUAAUUGUUCCUUUUCAUUAGCAUUUCAUAAAGGAUAAAAUAAACGCUCAUUUACUUUUGUGCAUAGACUUCAGCAACAGUGCAUUUCUUUAUAAUUUCAACCAGUAUAUAUAGUUGUGAGUUUAUUGGUAAACAAGAAUCUUAUAUCCAUUGUAAUGUACAUAUGUAUUAGAAAGACGAAAAAUGAUAUCAAUAAACAGGUGUUGAAAUGUA